AUGUGUUGCUGGUUUACUGCUAUUCCCGUUUGGUCCUGCGUGUUGUUGAUAUUUUCACACGCUAUCUCAUUUUAUAUUUCUAUCACUUCUUCCUCUUUGCUUCUCAAUGUUGUGCUCUUUGAUGGGCUGCUUUUGAUACCGGACACAUACAUAUUUGGGUCGCAGAGUGUGAUGCUACCGCAGAAACAAGCUACUGCGUCUUUCUUUCUGCCUUACUUGAAUUUCACCUUCCAGUUGCUUGCGUGCAAGUCAAUGGUGAAGGCAAUCUGCCAUGCUGAUGAGAGGACAUCUACACUCCCAUUAAGCAGAGGAUCAUUCCAUGCCUCUUCCCGCUUGCUAUACGGAGGAGAUGUCAUAAUACAAGCGUGGCGUGACUUGGAUCAUCAUGUCCUAGUAUCAUGGUCAACCGAGCAGUCUGAUCGGAUAUUGGGCAAGACUCGCACUUCCGCCUCUCAAAAAGGCUUCGAUCGAUAA